CACAAAUUUAGAAGACACUAAAGAUGUGGUUGUUUAAGAGAAAAGGUCCAUCCGGUUUCUCAUUCUCAAACACAGCUGAAGAUGUAACUCAUGAUAUUGAUGGAACUGGUCUCACUGCGAUCGUUACUGGUGCUUCAAGUGGUAUUGGUUCAGAGACUGCACGUGUUCUUGCUAUGCGUGGAGUUCAUGUAGUCAUGGGAGUUAGGAAUAUGGCUGCAGGUAAAGAUGUUCAGGAAACAAUAAUAAAGGCAAACUCUUCAGCUAAAGUUGAUGCUAUGGAGCUAGAUCUCAGUUCCAUGGCAUCGGUGAGAAAAUUUGCUUCCGAGUUCAAGUCGCUAGAUCUCCCCCUAAACAUUCUUAUUAACAAUGCAGGAGUCAUGGCAUGUCCCUUCAUGCUUUCCCAUGAUAAUAUAGAGAUGCAGUUUGCAACAAACCAUCUAGGUCAUUUUCUUUUGACAGAUCUUUUGUCUGAGACCAUGAAAAGUACUGCGAGCAAAAGUAGCAUAGAAGGAAGAAUUGUUAAUGUAUCAUCAGAAGUUCACCGCUUAGCAUACAAAGAAGGGAUUCGUUUUGACAAAAUCAAUGAUCGAUCAGAGUACAACCAACUCUGGGCAUAUGGGCAGUCAAAACUUGCAAAUAUAUUGCAUGCCAAUGAGCUAACAAGACGUUUCAAGGAAGGUGGAGUUCAAAUAACGGCUAAUUCACUUCAUCCAGGAAUUAUUAUGACCAAUAUCUUAAGGCAUCACAACAUUAUAGGCGGCCUUUCAUUUAUUCUUGGGAAACCUGCGGUCAAAAAUGUUCAGCAAGGGGCAUCAACAACAUGCUAUGCCGCAUUGCACCCAAAUGUCAAAGGCGUAAGUGGAGAGUAUUUUAUGGAUAAUAACAUUUCAGCACCAAGCUCACAGGCACAAGAUACAAACUUAGCCAAGAAACUGUGGGAUUUCACCAUGAAUUUGAUUCGUACAUAA